UGGCGUUGUGUUUAGCAUUAGCUUCGUGACUGGUUUAAAUAACAAAAAUAAUCAAUAAUAAAACUGCAUUAAAACUGGUGGUUUAUUUAAUAUUAACGAUGGAGAAUUCAGAAGAAAUGCGAAUGGAAGAGAGGCAGGAGGCUGCAAUGCGCUUUAAAGCCUUUCUGUUAAAAAGCAGCACGAAAACGAAGCUAAACCUCUAUGAUCAUCUGGCUCGCGUGCUGACCAAAGUGAUGGACGAAAGGCCUGAAAAUGCUGUGGACGUCAUAGAGGAUCUGAGCUGGGAGGUAAAGCGCAGCAUGCUGCAGCAUGAACAGAGCACACUGCGGGACACUCAGCUCCAAACCGCCUCUGAGCUCCUGGCUGACCAGCAGAGAGUUUUGUUCAAUCGUGGAGCGGGGGACGAGGUCGACCAGGAGGAGGAACUGGUGGAGACGCCUCUGCCCAACGUAGCCGAGGUGAGUUUCUACCUGGAGCAGAUCGGCGUCAGUCUGGGUCGGGAAGAGAUGCAGAGGAUCUUCUUGGCCCUGAAGCAGUUGGUGGACACACAGCCGCUGCAGCGCUGCAGAUUCUGGGGCAAGAUCCUCGGCAUCGAGGCGAACUACAUAGUGGCCGAGGUGGAGUACAGAGACGGCGAGGAAGAGGAGGAAGAAGAGGCUGAGGACACUCAUGAGGACAAGGAGAAAGACAAAGACGUCCAAGAGGAUCAAGAGCAAGAAGAGAUGGAUCCACUUCCCAAGUCCACCUACAAGCCCCCCCUUCCGAUACCCAAAGAGCCUCAUCGCUCCGGUGCCAACAAGUCCGUUUACUUCGUGUCCCGAGAGCCGGGCCUGCCCUGGGAGCGUCUCCCGCACGUCACUCCGGCCCAGAUCGUGGCCGCACGACAGAUCCGCAAGCUGUUCACCGGCCGCCUGGACGCUCCCGUCGCGAGCCACCCGCCCUUCCCGGGCGACGAGGGCGACUACCUGCGCGCCCAGAUCGCCCGCAUCUCGGCGGGAACGCAGGUCAGUCCGCUGGGAUUGUACCAGUUCGCGGAGGAGGAGGGAGAGGAAGAGGGAGCGCGAGACGUCAUCGAGGAGAACCCUGACUUCGAGGGCGUGCCUGUGCAGAAGACGGCCGAGUCACUGUCUAUGUGGGUUCACCAUACGGCGCACAUCCUUAAACAGGGCCGCUGUUCAUGGGUCAAUCUGGCUGACAAGUCUGAGGACGACAACGAAGGCGAUGCCGAGGAAGAGGAGAAGGAGGAAGAGCCGGAUGAGCCUGAACCCGAGGUUGGACCGCCGCUCCUGACACCGCUGUCUGAGGAUGCGGAGAUUGAUAACACUCCUCCUUGGAGCACCAGGAUCUCCUCAAACCUAAUCCCAGAGUUUGGCGUCGCCUGUGUGCGGUCCAACCUGUGGCCCGGAGCCUACGCUUACGCAUGUGGCAAGAAAUUUGAGAACAUAUACAUCGGCUGGGGUUUGAAGUACCCGGGCGACGGAUACACCCCGGCUCCGCUGCCCGUCCCCCAGGACGAGUACGCCAGCGGGCCGGACAUCACCGAGGCACAGGAUCCCAGUGUGGAGGAGGAGCAGGCCCUCAAGGAAGCAGCAGAACAACGGCAGGCUGCUCUGGAGGACAAUGAGGCGCUGGAGGGUGACGAAGACGAGGAAGAGGAGGAUGACUGAUCAAGAGGGACUGGUAUACCCAAGGAUUAAAUGCACUGAUUCCUUUUG